CACGCCUCUGCAGACAGUCAGGACAUGCACGUACGCUACGCGCAACGCAAACAGGUAUCAAUCAGUCACCUUACUGCCCCACCCUGCCCCCCACUCACUGCCUCUGGAACUGCACGGACAUGUCUGUGUUGGCUGGGCUGCCUGUAUCCCCUCUCGCCCGUAUUGUCGGCAGCUGCUGCUGGCUGCUGCUGUUGUUGUUGUUGGGCUGCCCCUGGCGCGCUAGUGCCGUUCACACGGGGGGCUGAUGUGUUGUGGGAGGGGGAGAGCUGGGGCGAUGACGCUGGUUGCUGCUCUUGGAGCCUUUUGUACUCGUCGUACGUCAGCAAUCUGCCACGCACAGACACGCACACGCUGCUUGUUAGUUGUUGGGUGCGGUUCUCUCUCUCUCUCUCUCUCUUUUACGAGAAGGGCGGUUCGGUGGAUGCCCUGUAGAGGCUGGUGAUGUUGGCGACGUCGUCGGCCGACCGCGCAAUGAUCCAGCAGCUCUGCGUGUCGAUGGGCGUCACGUGCACAAAGAUCGGCGAAAAAAACUGACACAUCACACACACACACACACACAUAUAAAUCCACACCCAUCCAGACCAUGGCAUGGACGGUCUGUGAGUGAGGAGGAGAGUGUAGGCAAUGCAGGCAGGCACCUUCAUGAUGUCCCAUUUGCCCCAGUUGUUGGGGUAGCCUGACAUAAGGAAGUGCCGUGACAUGUCGGCCUCGUCCUUGCCGCUCAGGUUGAUGACACUCGGCUGCGUCUUGACCAGCUUGAUCCGGUUGAUCAUCAAAGGCAGCAGGUCCAUCACCGACCGCUGCUUGUCGUGAACAGAGUACGUUCGCGGACCCCUACACACACACACCCAGAGAGAGAGAGAGGGAGGGAGAGAGAGGGAGAGAGAGAGGAAGAGGGGAGUUGGGGGGAAGGGAGGAGGUCCAUCCAUCUGCACACGCCCACACACGCCCAUCCAUCCUACUUGAAGUCGAUUUGGCUCCAGUUGAUUUUCUUCUUAGUGAUGAUGUGGUUGAGUUGUAGGAUGAAGACCACAGACGUCACGAGGGCGUCAAAGCCCGCCUCGUGGCUCAUGUCGUCGCUGUACCGCUCCACACCCAUCGCAAACUCAUCCACACCACUAGUGUCUCCCCCCUGUGUCACAAUGCCAUUGCCGCCGCCGGUGUCUUGAUCCCGCUGAUCGGCAUCGCUGUCCAGCAGUUGGGUGCCGCUGCUGCUGCUGCUGCUGCUGCCGUCGUUGCCAUCGGAGCCGGUGGCUUUGGCGACGAGUGGUUCGUAUGCCUUGGGCAGGCUCCAUUGAGUGCCGGGGAUUGACUGGACGUCGAAUGAGAGGGGCGGGGAGGGGUCGGUCAUGGAGGUGGACGCUAUCGCCACCAUGAAGUCACACAAUCCUGCAGACAGACAGGGACAGACAGACAGACAGACAGACAGGGAGUCGUGCAGUGCAUGGACACCUACCUGUGCUGUGCGUGUCUGUGGGGGAGGGGAAAGGUAGGUCUACCUACCUACCUUUGAGCGUGGGAGGUGCCUGCAGUGCUGACAGAAGUUCGUUGGUUUCAGCGAGGUAUUUGGUGUCGAGUGUGCAGGGGAAUCUGUCCAUCCACUGCCGCUUGAACUCGUACACCUGACCCGGAAGCUCGCUGCAUCCAUCCAUCAGAUCCGUCCGUCCACGAACAAAACACACACACGAGCUGAGCGCAGCGCCUUGCCUUUCUCCCUCUCUCUAGAGAGUGUGUCCGCGCCCUGCGGUGACUGACUCGUAGAAGGUUUGGUAGAGGUGUAGCAGGUCGUAGAAACAGUUGUGGCCGACAAUGAGCUUCUGGCCGCGGGACACCUCGUCGAACACAUGACGCACGCCCACCUGCAGACAGUCACGCCAGGCAUCGAAUCGAUACAUACGCACACAGAGACACUGACUGACUGACUGAUUGAUUGCAACACACCCGCACUCUCCCAUUGAUUCCCCCCCACCAUUUCGUCGAUCUUCUGCAGCUCGCCUUCGAGUGAGCGGAUCUGCUGGUCGUGCACCUCUGACUGAGACCUGACAUGGACUCACACGGAUACGAUGACGAUGAUGGCCCUCCACACACCUUGCUCGUGCAUGCGUACGUACGGAUGGCAUUGCAUCCAUGGAGGUGUGUAUGUCAGUCACUUACGGACCUGUAGACGCACAGGAGUCGCUGGUCGCCCCUCUUUGACGAAUGGCUGUAUACCUCAGGGAACUCCUGACCUGUUUAAACACAUGCAUGAACACACACACAUAGACACAUUGACACAUACAUUGAAUUCACUGACAUGGGCGAUGAUAUGAUGUGUUGCUUCUUUAGUGAGUGAGUGAGUGUCCGACCGAUGAUGUUGUGCAUGACCAGCCUUUGGAAGGCGUUGUCCAUGGGGAUCUCCAGCGGACGGACCUCGCCACACUCGAUCCAAUCACGAACCUGUACACACACAUAUAUACACACACAUGGACGGAUGGAUGGAUGGAUGUACGGAUGGCAUAAGCAUUGCCAAUCUGUCAUUUACCUCACCUGUCCUCGCACCCUGUCGACAAAUUCCUUGUCAUACCCCUCCGGCAAAGCCAGCGGCGCCACACCAGGACCAGCACCCCCCUGUCCCUGUGACCCCUGUGUGUGCCUGGCGGCGGCCGCACUGGUGGCCUCCCGCAUCUUCUUCUGCAGCCCCUGCAGCUCGUCGAUCUUGCUCUGCACCACGGCGCGCCUCUCCUCCUCGUCCCUGGGGCGGAUGAAGCCGAUGCCGCCGCCGACCCACUCGUUGAAGUUGAACGCGUUGUCGCGCAGGAAGUUGAGUGUUCGGAUGGAGACCUGGAAUGUCUUGUCUUCGAUGUGUGUGGGGUAGAUGUAUAUGCUGGAAGGGGUCAGCAGCCAUCGGCUGGGGUCGCUCGCUGACAGACAAACAGGUGAACAGGUGAAGCAACCAAGAAAGAAACCGCACCGCCACACCCAUCGCUGCGCUGCCGUGUCUGACUUUUCUGUGUGCGGUGUGUUGCAGUGAGUGGCUUACGUGAUCGUCUGGCGGUGCAAAUGCCGACCUGCACCGGCAGGAACUGCCUGGCGCCCUCAGCGUGCGCCUCAUAACACCGCUCCACACCCACAAACCGCUCGUCACGACUGUGAAGACCUGCAGCCAAACACACACACACACACACACAUCCAAACAGAUCAAAAGUCCAUGUCAGGCAGCCCUCCCCCGCACCUACCUGUGAGCUCCAGGUCGAUUGUGACAAAUUCUGCCUCUCUGAUGGCUUUAAGGAUGAGAGGGCACCGCUGCGCCCAUGUCGGAUGCGACGUGGCGUUGGCCAGCGGCAUUGAUGAUAUAGAGCACGACGGUGAACUGUUGCGGCCGGCCGAGCUCAGCCGCCCCAGCGAACGAAGCAUCGCUGGCGUGACGAUGGGAUGGAUGAAUAGACGCCUCUUCUGCAGCAGAGCAGCACCGACACGAGGAUGAGUCUUAAGAGCAGAUGACGGCGUUGUUGCAACUCAAUCGAUGCUGGGAGCCCAAAGCGCG